AUGAUAAUGCACGCUGGAUGGUCGAAGUCUUUCACAAUAAAUGAUGCGAAAUCGAACGAAGUUCUAUACCUGGCAGAAUUCCACCCUUUCGGCUGGUUCUGCCCAAAGCCGCUUGGCGCAAGAGGAGGCUUCAUUUUGCACAACGGCGUCGCUCGUAAAGACCCUAUUCUUGCCGCAGCUGGUGAUGUCACUGUUUUUGAGCAAAAAGUCAAUCCAUUUGGCAACGAGAGUAAUAUUUUGCUGCCGCCACUCCCGAAGAAAGACAAUGUCAAGGCUUCGACAACAGUUAGCCAAACCGAGACGAUGAUUGGAAAAUCCACGCCAAAUAACGGCGUUGCGUUCCAGUUUUCAAUUGAAGCUGGGCGAAGCAUGAGGAGGGAGAAGUUCGAAUGGAGAAAGGUCAGCGAAGGUGGCAACGAAAGCGUCGCGUGGGAGCUGAUGAGACACCCCAGUGCAUCUCGAAGAGUCCCCCCAGAAGGAGAAAUAAUUGCCAAGCUCUCAUGGCUGCCUACCUCCUUGGUAAAUGUGGCCAACCCAUUGAGUCCCAAGCCUAUCUUUACACUACAGCUGAUGAAUAGCCUGGAAUCUGGCCUGUUGGGAGAGCGCUGCAUUCUCACCGUGGUCAUGACUGCGCUGAGAUUAUGGCACUUGCGCAUAAAGGGAAAAGAUAAAAGGUCUUACAUUAGAAUUGGAGAAAAAUGA